AUGGUACACGACAUGGUGUGUCAGUGUCAAGCUUCGAGACGCGUGCUCUUCGCGAUUCGGUCGGACGAGCUGAACGCGGCGGGCGGGUACACGGGCUCGCCGUGGCCGCCGCUGGACCUAGACCCCGUGGGAUGGGGACGCAAGCUGUACCCGACGGGAGCGCCGAGGUCCUCGGGUGGGUUAAUGUUCGGGCUGCACCACCAGGAAGCGGCGGGAGGGCUGGCGCAGCCACGCGGGCCCGUCACCUCGCUCAAAGAGGAGCCACUGGCCCGCGCGUGGAUGACACCUGGCGCACUAGUUGACAACACCAACGUGGGUGUGGGACGCGCGCACUUCGAGAAGCAGCCGCCCAGCAACCUGCGCAAAAGCAACUUCUUCCACUUUGUGGUGGCGCUGUACGACCGCGCCGGACAGCCCGUCGAGAUUGAGAGGACAGCUUUCAUUGGAUUUAUAGAGAAGGAUCAAGAAGCGGAAGGACAGAAGACUAACAAUGGAAUUCAAUACAGACUUCAACUGCUGUACGCUAAUGGUAUACGACAAGAACAAGACAUCUUCGUUAGGCUCAUUGACUCCGUCACAAAACAGCCAAUCGUCUACGAAGGUCAGGAUAAGAACCCAGAAAUGUGCAGAGUACUGUUAACCCAUGAAGUAAUGUGCAGUCGUUGUUGCGAUAAGAAGAGCUGUGGCAAUAGAAACGAAACGCCUUCAGAUCCUGUUAUAAUUGAUCGAUUUUUUCUUAAAUUCUUCCUGAAGUGCAAUCAGAAUUGUUUGAAAAACGCCGGCAAUCCUCGAGAUAUGAGAAGAUUUCAAGUGGUGAUAUCAACUCAAGUGAUGGUGGACGGUCCGCUGCUCGCGAUAUCAGACAACAUGUUCGUGCACAAUAACAGCAAGCACGGCAGACGCGCUAAGCGCCUAGACCCGUCUGAAGGUACUGACGCCGCGCCAGACAAUCAUUGUACGUUUUCAGGUCUGUACCCACCCUUGCCUGUCGCGACGCCGUGCAUCAAGGCGAUAUCACCGAGUGAGGGCUGGACCUCUGGAGGCUCCACUGUCAUUAUAGUAGGAGACAACUUUUUCGAUGGCCUUCAAGUUGUGUUCGGAACAAUGUUAGUUUGGAGUGAGUUAAUAACAUCACACGCGAUACGAGUGCAGACACCGCCGCGUCACAUACCCGGCGUCGUCGAGGUGACCCUGUCAUACAAGAGCAAGCAGUUCUGCAAGGGAGCGCCUGGCAGAUUUGUAUAUGUUUCAGCGCUCAACGAGCCUACCAUCGACUACGGUUUCCAGCGACUACAGAAAUUGAUACCGAGGCAUCCUGGUGACCCUGAGAAAUUACCAAAGGAGAUAAUCCUGAAACGAGCGGCGGACUUAGCGGAAGCGCUGUACUCUAUGCCGCGCAACAACCAGCUGCUGCCGCGAACGCCGCCGCCCUCCGCACCCUUCAACACCUACGCACAGGACGCCACACCCCACCAGUGGACUGAAGAGGAGUACGCGCGCAGCGGCGGAUCGGUGUCGCCGCGGUACUGCGCCGGCGCCGCCACGCCGCACUACGCGCAGCACUACGCGCCGCCCACCUCGCUCUUCAACUCCACCUCACUGUCAUUAGGACCUUACCAUCCGAGUGCAAAUGGACAAAUAGCUGACCAUCAGAGCUAUGACGUUUAUUACUCGAAAGAUACCGUCCAUUACGAUGAAAGGAAUGAGAAAUGCUCGGACGACCUCCAAGCAAACAGUCAUACAAAAUGCAGCCCCGGCCAUAUGAAAGGGCAACAGUGUAAAGAGGCCACGCUAAGAAGCGCGUUCGCGGCUGUAAAGCAGAGAAUGGGCGGGUUGGUGUCGUCUCCGUUCAGCGUCAACCCGUUCUCUUUGCCGACAUGCAGCGCGCAGCAAUAUGCACAAACAGCACCUCUAGCCUCCAAGUAA